GUGCCGAUCGAAGCAAUUGCUGCGGCCGCCGCGCCGGAUGCAAUUCGGAGAUCGUAUCGCCAUCUGGCGAGCGGGCGGGCAGUUAGUCCUGGCAAAAUGGCGCUCAAGGCACAAGUCGGUCAGAAGAUUAUGAAUGAGGUGAUCAAGCAGAAGAAGAAGACAACAGGCGGGGUGGAAUGGCGGAUUCUGGUGGUGGACCAGCUCGCGAUGAGGAUGGUGUCGGCGUGCUGCAAAAUGCACGACAUCAGCGCGCAGGGCAUCACCUUGGUGGAGGACAUCAACAAGAAGCGCGAGCCGCUACCAACGAUGGAGGCGAUCUACCUCAUCACGCCGUGCAACUCGUCGGUACAGAAGCUGAUCGACGACUUUAGUAAUCCGACGAGAACCACCUACAAGGUCGCUCAUGUAUACUUCACCGAAGUAUGCCCGGAGGAGCUGUUCAAUGAACUCUGCAAGUCUCUCGCCGCUAAAAAGAUCAAAACCCUCAAAGAGAUCAACAUCGCAUUCCUGCCGUACGAAUCGCAGGUCUUCUCACUGGACUCGCGCGAGACUUUCGCCUGCUUCUACAAUCCGUCUUUCUUCAACCUGAGACCGGCCAACAUGGAGCGCAUCGCCGAACAGAUCGCGACACUCUGCGCCACUCUCGGAGAGUACCCGUCGGUCAGAUAUCGCAGUGACUUCGACCGCAAUGUCGAGCUGGCCCAACUGGUGCAGCAAAAGCUGGAUGCGUACAAGGCUGACGAGCCGACUAUGGGAGAGGGUCCUGAGAAAGCGCGCUCUCAACUGCUAAUCUUGGACAGAGGAUUCGACUGCGUCUCACCUCUCUUGCAUGAACUCACGCUACAGGCCAUGGCGUACGAUUUGUUGGACAUUGACAACGAUGUCUACAGGUUUGAGGCGACGGCAGGACAAGAGAAGGAAGUCCUGUUGGACGAGAACGAUGACUUGUGGGUGGAACUCAGGCAUCAGCAUAUCGCCGUGGUGUCACAGAACGUGACUAAGAACCUGAAGAAAUUCACAGAAUCAAAAAGGAUGCCGCAGGGCGACAAGCAGAGUAUGCGAGAUCUGUCACAGAUGAUCAAAAAGAUGCCGCAGUAUCAAAAAGAAUUGAGCAAAUACGCCACGCACCUGCAGUUGGCCGAGGACUGCAUGAAGCGUUAUCAAGGAAAUGUGGACAAGCUGUGUAAAGUCGAGCAAGACCUGGCUAUGGGCACCGACGCGGAAGGCGAGCGCAUCAAGGACCACAUGAAGAACAUCACGCCGAUCCUCCUCGAUCAGACGGUGAAUCAUCUGGACAAACUGCGCAUCAUCUCUCUGUACGUGAUCAGUAAAAACGGCAUCUCCGACGAGAACCUGAACCGGCUGGUUCAUCACGCUCAAGUGUCAGUCGACGAUAAACAGACCAUCGUUAACAUAGCGAAUCUCGGCAUUAACGUUGUCGUGGAAGGCAAUCGCAAGAAGCUGUACACGGUACAGCGUAAGGAGAGAAUCACGGAGCAGACUUAUCAGAUGAGCCGUUGGACGCCGAUUAUCAAGGAUGUCAUGGAGGACUCCAUCGAGGAUAAACUCGAUUCCAAGCACUUCCCGUUUCUCGCCGGUCGCGCGGCCAGCUCAGGAUAUCACGCACCGACCAGCGCACGAUACGGUCACUGGCACAAAGACAAAGGUCAACAAACUAUCAAGAACGUUCCCCGUUUGAUCGUCUUUAUAGUUGGCGGCGUAUGCUUCUCCGAGAUACGAUGCGCUUACGAGGUGACAAACGCAUUGAAAAACUGGGAGGUCAUCAUUGGCUCGUCCCACGUAAUCACACCAAAGUCGUUCUUGAACGACCUGAGCAAGCUGCACGUCUAAGGUACCGCAUAGACCGAGGAACAGACGACAUUCCCGCACUCUUAAUCUGCCAUUAGCUUCGACUCCAUCAGUAAUACCAGCUAUGAAGCCAUCAAUGAUCUCGAGCACGAAAUUAGUAUGUAAAAGUCGAGCGAACGAACGCAGUGUCAAUUCUUCUUGAGCGAGAGCGCCUCGUUCCGGGCGGAAACGCCGAAAAGCGCACGAGAGGUAUAUGCACCCUCGACGCGACGCAACCGUCAGCCGGCUAACAAUGAAAGUAUUCGUGUAAUAGUCACGCACGAGGGAUCUUGAUCCGAGAGAGUUAUCUAGAAUCAAGUGCCUGCGCGAAUACAUAGUCACCGAUCGGAGAUCGCAUGAGACAUGUUGGCAAUACUGAUGUAGGUCGCGCCAAGGUGCGCAACGGGGGCUCGCGAUCGGGCCUCCGGCGAGGUUCUACAACCACGAGUAUUCGCACCGCCCUUUGUCGGUAAUAAGGGAGGGGAACUCGCGCGGAGGAAUUUCUGUGUGUCGUAGUGGAGGAUCGUGAUAUAUAUUCCUGUACAUUUGUCGUUUAUUAUUAGCGUUGCGUUACCCUCCGCUAUAUCGUUGAGAGAGAGACUCACCGACCACAGACCCGAGUUGGCACUUCAAAGGACGUAGCUCGUACUGGCUCGGCAUCACCGCAGCGGUCGGUUCUGUCACGAUCAAAAGAGUCCGGGUGUCGCGCGUCGCGACGCGCAGCGUUCUCCCCGUACUAAUCUCCGAAUACCUUAGCACCGGCACUGCGCUACGCCACGUUAUUUAUUCGAUAUAAUGUUAUUUUCCCGGACCUACGCUAGUUAGCGACAUACCCCAUACUGGAUGUAAAAUAAAACCGCUAGAUGUACCAACUCGA